AGUAAUUAGAAUGGCAGAAGCACUUGAUUAUCCUGAUUCUGACUUCUCUGAUGAUGACCAGUCACCUCUAGACAUAUCUUUCAACAAGGCAGCUGACCAUGUCCGCAAGUUAACCUCGAAGCUUGGUAACAACCAGCUAUUAGAGCUCUAUGGUCUGUACAAGCAAGGUACAGAAGGUGUUUGUAACACGCCCAAGCCGGGUUGGUUGGAUGGACGGGGCCGCAGGAAAUGGGAGGCCUGGAGGGCUCUGGGAGACAUGCCAUCUACCGAGGCCAAAGAAAAGUACAUUGCAUUAGUCCAGAAAUUUGAUCCGGAAUGUUCAGACUUAAUUGACACAAAGACUAAAGAAGCUUGGGUUACUGUAUCAUCACUUCGAUAUUCUCCCGAGCCGGAAUUAAAAGAAAAUGAGCUGUCUCUGCUUGAAGCAGCCCGUGAGAAUUGUGCGGAGCGUAUCACAAAGUUAUUAUCACAAAACCCGGAGCUGAAGCACGAAAGAAGUGAAGAUGGCAUGACAGCGUUACAUUGGGCUGCUGACCGAGACGCCACAAAAGCUUUAGAGGCUGCUCUGAACGGGGGUUGCUUCAUAGAUGCUGUAGAUGAAGGCGGACAGACUGCCUUACAUUAUGCUGCGUUCUGCGGGCAUCUCAAGUCGACGAUCCUGCUGGUGGAGGCGGGAGCUACCUUAGUGAAGGAUAGCGAUGACUGUACUCCGUUGGACUUGGCGACUGACGAUGAAGUGAAGAAGGUUCUGCAAGGUGCUAAGUCUUAAUGGCAUUUAUAUUUAGUGUUGCCAGUUUUAGUUUAUACAAUGGGUAGUUUAAAUAAACAUAUUAUAAUUGUGAAUUGU